AUAAUUGUCAUUGUCAUAUUUUAUCAUCUAAAUUUUAUUAUUUUACUGACGUACAAUAAUUGUGAUCGGUACCUACGAAAAACAUAAGUGCAUUAGAAAAUAUAAUUCUAAUUAAAGAAAAUACCUGUUAUAAGUGAAUAACAAAUAAUAAGUAAAAAUGUCCCGUCAAGCGUCUCGCCUGGACGCAAAGAAAGUGAAUUCGGAGCUAUUGACACUUACAUAUGGAGCUUUAGUUUCCCAAAUGUUAAAGGAAACCGAAAAUCCGGAAGACGUAAACAAACAGUUGGAGCGAAUUGGUUACAACAUGGGCGUGCGACUCAUCGAAGAUUUUCUCGCUCGAACGACGUCAACUCGCUGCCUGGAAAUGAGAGAGACGGCUGAUAAAAUUCAACAGGCCUUUAGGUUAUACUUGAAUAUGCAGCCCACUGUUACCAGCUGGAGCAGUGCCGGUGAUGAAUUCUCCCUCGUAUGGGACCAGUGCUCGCUCAGUGAAUGGGUUGAAAUGCCCAAUAAUGGGCUUAAGUAUUGUGCUCUGAUCCCCGGAGCUAUCAGAGGUGCUUUGCAAAUGGUGCAGCUUGAAGUGCAGUGUUGGUUUAUUCAGGAUCAGUUAAAAGGUGAUGCAGUAACCGAGUUAAGAGUGAAAUACAUAAAAAGGUUGGAAGAUGCAGUACCUGCUGGAGAAGACUAAUUUAUUAUUAAAUUUAUCUGGUUAAUGUAUACCUGUCUCACUCUAUGUAAACAACACGUUUAGUUACAUAAAUAUGAAAAAGACAACAGUAUAUAGACUGCUACUCAUUAUACACUGUCUAGUCUCCAUGGUUAAACAGUUGUUCAUUCUUUUUUUUAAUUCAAAUUAGGUUGGCAGACUGGCAAAUGCGUGUGAUGGUGUUACCACCGCCACCAAUAGACGUUAGAACUGUAAGAAAUAUUAAUCAUCACUUACAUCGCUAAUGCGCCAUUGGCUUUGACCUUUCAAUCGUGAACACAAAAAUACUAAUAUUGCUAUUUUGGUAGAAUAUCUAAUAUGUAGUGAGUACCUACCCAGACGGUAGCUUGCACAAAGCCCUACCACCAAUUUAAUUUCAGUACUAGUAGUAUGUAAAUUUGCUUAUUUGACAGCUCAUAUACAUUUUUAUGGCAUAUAUUUAUCUGGCGUCUACCAAAAUUUUUUCUUUUGUUUUUAUUAAUUUUAAAAUUCUGAAUUCAUGGUAGGGUGGGGUUGAUUGAGAAAGCUUAGAUCACAUGUAAUUAUUGUUAUUUAAAUAUUGUUAUAAUUUAAAAAAAACUAUAUGGUGCUACAUUUCGAAAUACCUACACGAAUUUGCACCAUAAUAUAAUAAUAAUACAUUUGUUUAUUCCCUUAAAAAAAAAUUAAGUUAACAAUUACUAAUGGCUACUUUUGGGGCCCGUUACAAUAGUUAAUUUAUGCCGUAAUCAUAAAAUAUAAUUAAU